ACUAUACUAGAAAGAUUGGAGAAUAUGAGUUCAAGGGCUGUUGAAUAUCAAGAUGGUGAGCAGCAAUCGAGUCCACUAGACAACAGGGUACAGCUUGUGGAACAACAGAUGGCGAGCACAUACAAAGCUUUAGAUUGGAUUAUGUCAUCUUUAGAAGAUAAUAAACUGGCAGCGGAAAAACCUCGACCUCAAUUAUGUGAUGCUGAAAAAUUCCUGGAGAAAGAACUUCGCCGUAAACGUAAAAAAGAAUUGAGAAAUGCUCAGUUGAGACAUUUUUUUACUGAUAAUUUUAAACUUCAUGUUACAUGUCGAAACUCUAAAUAUUGUGACACUGGAAUACAGAGAACACAAUUAAAUGAUGAUGAAGUCUUAUGGGCGAUCAAAGUUCCGUUCUACAAUCCGCCGAAGUAUACACAUCCUAAAAUAUUAACCAACACAAAGCCUUACGCUGAUACAGUGGAUCUUUUAGAAGUUUCUGUAGAAGAAAUUCAGAAGUUCCAGUUCAAUGCAUAUGAUGAAAACUUUAAAUGUGAUAGACGUAGUUUGUGUGGUCACGACUACGAAGUUAAAAAUGGUGUGCCGUUAAAUCCGCGUGGACGAACAGGUCUGAUUGGUCGAGGUGAUUUAGGAAGAUGGGGACCGAAUUACACUAUUGAUUGUGUUGUUAGUAGAUGGAAGAAAGAUGAAGAUGGACAUGUGGAUGAGGAAGAUGGUCGGCCAUUGUUAGAAUUCAUUGCCAUCAGACGUUCCGAUAGUUCCAAACAGUGGGCUAUACCCGGAGAUUUUCUGAGAGAGGGGUUUGCAAGUCCACAAAUCAACAUGUAUGAUUCUCUAAUAAAAGUUUUUGCCGAUGAAGCGCUGGGAUAUUCGAUGAAGUCGGUUGAAGAAAAGAAAGUAAUUGAAGAACUUUUACACAGAUUAGCAACCAAAGGACAAGUGUUAUUUGAGGGUUAUGCUGAUGACAGACGUAAUACUGAUAAUGCCUGGACAGAAUCUCGUUUAAUUAAUUUCCAUGACGAUGAUGGAUCUAUUGUCGAUAAUCUUAAAAUUAUGGCAGGUGAUAAAUCGGUUGAUAUGGCAGCGUGGAUUAUACCCAAAUCAUCAAUACCAUUCUGGGGCAACCACAGAGAAUUUCUAAGUUUAAUUGCUGAAAAAUAUAAGGCUUUCUUCUAGAUGAGUAAACCGCCAUACUGGAUAAAAUACAACCAUCAGUGCCAUGUAGGAGAAUUGAAUUUCUCUCAACUAAACCAAAAUGUCAGAUUAUCUUUAAAGAAAAUUUGUGCCAAUACCACAAAGGCCUUCACCUUGAUUAGCAUAUAUAGUGUCUUGAUUAUCCAGUAAAAUGACUGUAGUAACCCAUCUUUACCAAGUGCUUGAAAACUAGCAGUGGGUUCCACCUGGAAGACCAAGAUGUAACUAGUGGACAACAGAUGAACACCUGAAACACAUCUAAGAUUUAACGUCAACUCCAUCAAUUCCGUCCCUUUGUAUAUUUUGUUAUUGUUGUAAUUAUUUAUAUAAAAUUCAUUCAAAUUCAUGUAAUAAAUGUUUUAGUACAA